AUGGCUGCAGCAUUGUCACUGCCACCAGCCACAAGUGCGGCGACGCGGCUGGCAGCUGGAGAAAAAAUUGGGAAUGCAAUGCAGACGCGUGAGCAAGCCAAGAUGAGGACAGUGGAUGAGAUCCUCAUUGGUCCCCGCGAACAGAUCUUCAGAAGUCCUACUCAACUACCCUCUUUAGCGCACAGCAACUUGAUGAGUGAAUUGGUGAAGCGCACGGCCGCAGGUUUGGUCACAUUGGGAGUGAAGCCCAAGGAUGUGGUUUAUUUUCUGUCUCCCAACAGUCCCGAAUUUCCUGUGGUGUAUUUGGCGAUCGUUUAUAUUGGAGCUGUAGCGGCGCUUGGCAACUCCCUAAAUACAGAGAACGACAUUGCACUGCAAUUGGUGCAGACCAAAGCAGUAUUUGUAAUCACGGUACCUGAGCAGUUCAGCAAGAUCCAGAAAUGUAACCUGCCCACCAUCCUCAUUGGUGACGACGUCUUGGCGAGCCAACUGAAGACGACAACGUCGGUAUCAUUACUUUCCGAAGUUUGCGAGGGGGAUUACAUCGAAAUGGCGCCACCAGAAUGUCACCCAGACGACACAUGCUCUCUCCUGUUCUCUUCGGGCACAACGGGCUUGACCAAGGCCAUUCAGUUGACUCAUCGCAAUUUAAUGUCAUCCGUCACAGCCUACAACACACUCGAGCCCGGAGACUCCACACGCGAGGACGAUGUGUGUGUGGCGAUCAUUCCCAUGUUCCAUGUCUUCGGUUUAGGGAUUAUCAUGUUGUCCACUCUGCAGCGAGGCGCGUGUGUGGUCACCAUGACCCGAUACUCAUUCCCAUCCAUGUUACAAUACAUCGAGAAGUACAAAAUCACCGUCGCAAUUGUUGUCCCACCAAUUUUAGUUUACCUCGUGAAAAACCAAGAAAUGCUGGCGAAAUAUGAUCUCAGCUCGCUCAGGAUUCUCAUGACAGGGGCCGCGCCGCUUCGUGAAGAUACUAUGAAAUCCAUCCAAGCAAUCUUCCCCAAAUGCGUCACCCGUCAGGGAUACGGAAUGACGGAGUAUCCCCUCCCUGUCAUGACUACCGGAGAAGUCUGGGUUCGAGGACCCCAAAUCAUGAAAGGGUACCUCAACAACGUCGAGCAAACAUCAGCCACUAUCGACUCCGACGGCUGGCUCCAUACGGGAGACCUCGGUUACAUGGACAACAACAACUACCUUUUCAUCAUCGAUCGGCUCAAGGAGAUGAUAAAGUACAGAGGUCAUCAGGUUGCGCCGGGAGAUCUCGAGGCAGUGUUGCUGAAGAAUCCUCGAAUUUUAGACGCAUGUGUUGUUCCAUGUCCUGACGAUGACAACUGUGAGCUGCCAAUGGCGUUUGUUGUGAAGCGAGAGUGCACUGAUUUGACGGAACUUGAAGUUAUGAACUACGUAGCACAACUGGUUGCGCCAUACAAGAAGGUCCGCAAGGUGGAAUUCAUCGACGCCAUUCCCAAGUCCCCGACCGGAAAAAUUCUACGCAAACAGCUAACUCUUAAGCUACGAGAGACAGGCUGUGGAGAUAGAUCCGGUUUGUGUUAGAUCUGGCUCUAACACAAACCUGGCACUUGUCGAAUGACUUCAACGUUCUCAAUUUUCGUCUGUAGUUAGCGGUGGAGGCCCUUGUCUAAAUCCUUUGAGCUAGAGCUACGCUAUUGCACCAUCUUCCGUAAUUCUUUGACUAAGUCCUUAUAUGCCAGGUUUUACAAACUAACUGGGUGAUUAUUCCACAGAAUUUGUAAGCCAACACUUAAGAAUUUCUCAAGUGAAUGAGCCAAUCUUCCAAACACGAUAUAUCACGUUUUUCCCAUCUCCACAA